AUAAAAAGGAAGAAAAAAAAACUUUUACUGAACUUGAGAAAUAAUAUUUUUCUCUAAGUUGCUUAUUUUAGUUGAUUAACCAGGUUUCCAUUUUUAAAAAAACAUCCCGGCAACUAGGAGCUUCCGUCUCUAAACAUCAGUCAUAAGGGAAAAGCGAUGAUGUACGCCAGGAACUUUUGUUUCCCUCUGAACUUGAAUUAAAUGGAAUCAGGAAGAAGAUUUUCAAAAAAGAGGUGUUACGAAAGUUAUUAAGAUGAUUGUAUGUGGAAAUAACACCACUUGGUUACGUCAUCGCAUUCUUCUUGAAUGCCUACGUGCUGUGUAGCAUGCUAAAAAAUUAACUUUUGUUUGGUGGCGAUUGUUGAGAAUUUUUUUUGCACAUCUUGACAAAAAUCGUCACGAAAAUUCAAGGAUCACCAUUCCCCAGAUGAAAAGUGUGGACUUGUAAAAACUUUCUUUCAGCAAGUUGCAUCAUGUCACCGAAUUUUACGUAAUUAUUUAACAAAAUGAAAAAUGUUUCAAUAAAAUAGGGAGUGCCUGGAUAUUUUAUCAGAGAUUCGGUAAUCCUAGCAAAGUUGAAGUGCUUAGCAAAUAUUUCCAACAUUUUUAAUUUUUUAAAGUUUUUUGAAAUCUUGAUUGUGCUAGAAUCCAUAAAGAAGGAUGAGGUAUAUCCUAUUUAUUAUUUUACUGACUGAAUCGGUGUUAUUCAGUGUGGACAGUUAUAGACAAAGAAGGAGACGAAUCAGAAAUAUACAAGAAGGGGCAGUCCGGCUUGUUAAUGGUAGAAAUUCUUAUGAAGGUAAUGUCGAAGUCUAUCAUCUAGGGAUUUGGGGAUCCGUUUGUGACGAUGAGUGGGAUAUAACAGAAGCCAAUGUAAUCUGCAGGAGCAUUGGUUUUUCAAAAGCUGCAAAAGCAACUCAAAAUGGCGAAUUUGGAAGAGGCAGAAAAAAAAUAUGGAUGGACAAUUUAUAUUGCGAAGGUCAUGAGAAGAGGUUGCAAGACUGCAGAUUUGAUGGAUGGGGUAGCCACGACUGUUCAGCUUCAGAAGCAGCAGGGGUGGUCUGUGAAUCCAAAAACGCUACCAAAUUCGAAAGCCUCGUAGCCAAGAAAUCGCUCGUUGUCAGGUCAGCACUGAAAUUAGAAAAGACCCAAAAUAUCGAAGUUCGACUAGUGGGUGGUAGAUACCCAAAUGAAGGAAGAGUUGAAGUAAGGAUUGGUAAGAGUGGUUGGGGUCUUGUAUGCGGUGAUGGAUGGAGUCUUUUGGAAGCAAAUGUGAUUUGUCAACAAUUACAAAGAGGUUAUGGAGAGGCAGCUGUACAGAGUUCGUACUUCGGAGGACAUCAUAAAAAUAUUUCUAUCAGUGGAAUUAAAUGCACAGGGCGAGAAAAGAAUUUAUCCGCAUGCUCUUAUGUAUCAUUUGGAGAUGAUGUCUCUUGCCCUGGUCCUGAUGAUAAUAUUGCUGGAGUCAUCUGCGCCAAAGAAUUACCUGAUUUGGUACCUGAUGAAAUUGAAAUUGAGAGAUCGGCAUACCUUGAAGACAGACAACUUCUGUUUCUUCAGUGUGCAAUGGAAGAAAAUUGUCUUGCAUCAGAAGCAUACAAGUUAGAUAAAAACGAUUAUGGUUAUCUAUAUGAACAAAGGCGUCUUCUGAGAUUUACUGCAAGGAUUGGUAAUAUUGGCACAACGGAUUUCCGCCCAUUUUUACCUAAAAAUGCAUGGCAGUGGCAUAUGUGUCAUUUACAUUACCACAGUAUGGAGGUGUUUGCUCACUUUGAUAUCAUCAAUCUUCAAGGUCAAAAGGUCGCAGAAGGUCACAAAGCUAGUUUUUGCUUAGAAGACAAUAAUUGUCUUCCUGGCAUAGAAAAAAAGUAUGCGUGUGCCAAUUACGGAGAUCAAGGUAUAUCAGUUGGUUGUUCUGACACAUAUUUACAUACCGUUGACUGCCAGUGGGUUGAUAUUACAGAUCUUCAACCUGGAGUUUAUAAAUUUAAGGUUUCCAUCAAUCCUGAAUUCAAAGUGGCUGAACUGAAUUACGACAACAAUGCUGCAGUGUGCAAUAUGUUCUACAAUGCCGUAUCAGUGCGCAUAUUUAAUUGUACCUUACAAAGGCCGUGAAAGAUUCAAAUUUUCCAAGAUUGAAAGUUUACUUAGAUGUGUCUAAAUAAAUAAGACAGUGUCUAUAAAA